GCUUCAGAUGAAACGAAUUUGGGGAAGAACGCCCUCUAAAUUCGUCUCUUGGAACCCUAGCGACCACUGGUUUCUCGUUUGAUUCUAGGUUUGCAUCGUUUCUCCAUCUCCUAUCGAAUUUGGGAAGGAAUUGAGGAGUUUGAAUCAUGGCGGAUGAUCCUCCGGUCAAGUACAAGCGGAGGAGAGUGUCAGCCAUUAGGCACUUCCCCAAGGGUUGCGGUCCUCACGCCCCGAAGCUUGCCGAUUUGGUGAAUCCCGCGGAAGAAAUUCAUCCAACUUCUGUUCCAGAUGAUCCGGUUUUAGUAUCCGCUACUAAGGAAGUGUCGCUUCCCCAGGAAUUUGAGAAGGCGGCUUCGGAUCGGACGGGGCUUGAUGAGUCUUUGAAGGUAUUUAAUGGAGAAUCCGUGGAUUUGAUUGUUGGUGAUGGAGGUGCUCCAUCGGAGGCUGUUGGAGGUGAAGAAAAGAUGGAUGUGGAGGUCGGUAAGGCGAAAGAGCUUGUUUUGAAGAUGUAUCCUCCUCCCAGGAGACGGAAAGUCUCGGCGAUUAGGACUUUUCCUGCUGGUUGUGGAAGCAAAGCUCCUCCGCUGAUGAAGGCUUUGGAAGAUGAGAGUUUGAUUGUGAGAGGAAAUGAGAAUGUUGAAUUAGAUGGAAGAAUUGUGGAAAACACUGGAAGCAGACUUGUUGAUCCAGCUCCAGCUACUCAUGUGGGCAAAAGCAUGGAAGCGGAGGAGAAGCACAAUGGGAAGGAAAUUGAAUGUGUUGAGAAGGUUAACAAAGAUGAUGAGAUUGGUCUGGACACUAAUGAUUCUCCAAAAGCCAAGAGUGCAGAGGGUGUUCAAAAGCUUGUGGUGAAGCCAAGGGAUAAUAGCAGGGAGUUUGGUUCUUCUUCUGUUGUUCUGAAGGUUGGUGAUGUGGAUGGCCGGAAGCUUGAGAGCGACAGUGAGAUUGGUCGGGAUGGUUCUGAGUCUCCAAAGGUCAGCAAUGUGGAUGGUGACCAGAAGCUUGAUGUGAAACCAGGGGAUAAUGAGAAGGUCGUUGAGUCUGCUUCUGUUGUUCAGAAGGAUGCUAAUGUGGAUGUUCUGAAGAAGCUUGCAUUGAAGCAGAAAGUAGUGGAUAAAAGCUCAAACCAGGUUGUUGUUCCUGUUGGUGAGGUUGAGGUUGAGGAAAAGGGGAAUGCCACCAAACAAGCCAAAGAGAGAACUAUAGAAAAUAUGGGCCUGGUUUGUGUCCGGUCUUUGGAAAACAUUCAUUCGAGAGAGAAUGUUGCUGAAGGAGAAGGCAAGAAGAUGACUUUAAAUAGGUCAGUUUCGGAGAAGAAGAUGGAAGUGGAUAACUUGAAACAUGAUGCCAAGAGUACUAAAUUUGGAUUACAAGAGAACAGGCCUUUUCAGCUAGAUGCCACAUCCCCAUCUAGAAUUAAAAUAGUUGACAGAGAUGGUUCUAGUUUGCCAGAAAGAGAAGAAGACAGCAGAUGUUUGAUGAUUCGAAAAAACACUAAGAAGCUCGCCCGUAAGUCCUUGGUUAGAUCCCAGGAGAAAAGUAUUGUUCUGUCUGCCCAAGAGCAGGAGGAUUUGGUAAGUUAUGCGGAUAGGUUGAUUGUUCAGGCUCUAACGUCCGCUGAAAACUGCCCAUGGAAGCAGGGCAAGAAACCUAUAAAAAGUGGAUCUCAGACUGUUCAGGCUCUUACGACCGCUGAAAACUGCCCAUGGAAGCAGGGCAAGAAACCUAUAAAAAGUAGAUCUCAGACUGUUACCCCAAAGAACAAAGUGAAGAGAAAUGGAAAAGCGUCUGGCAAGCUCUCUGCUGGAGUGGCUAGUUCUCAGGGUACGAGUUUAGUAGCUGUAAAUGAUGAAAAUGGUUCAUUGCAUUGGGAGGAUGAAAUUAGACAAGCACUUGUUGCACAUAAAAAAACUCGCCAAUUUGAUGUCACCUUGACUCCAUUGGGUCCUUCCAUGCCGUGUCCUCCUGAAAGUGGUGGUAAUGAAGGGGUUGUCACUCGAAACAGUGUGAAGAAAACGCUGCGAUUAUUUCAGGUGAUUGUCCGGAAGCUCUUGCAGAGAGAAGAAUCCAAAAGAGCGGACCCAAACCGGGGUAACAGGAUUGAUUUGAUGGCAGCUAAUAUUCUUAAGGAGCAUAAUGAGUGGGUGAACAAAGGGAAGAAUUUUGUUGGAGUGGUUCCUGGAGUGGAAGUCGGUGAUGAAUUCCACUACAGGGUUGAACUAUCCAUUAUUGGUCUCCACCGACCAUUUCAAGGUGGGAUAGAUGCGACCAAGUUGGGUGAUAUAAAUGUUGCAACAAGUAUUGUGGCUUCUGGUGGCUAUCCUGAUGAUUUAGACAGUUCAGAAUCUUCAGAUGUCUUGAUUUAUUCUGGUUCUGGAGGGAAUCCUCAGAAAGGUGAGAUACAGGGUAGUGAUCAAAAGCUUGAGCGUGGUAAUCUGGCACUAAAGAACAGUAUAGAGACCAAGACACCAGUUCGAGUGAUCUAUGGUUUUAAGGAGACUAAGGCAAGCGAGUCUCACGAUUCAAAACCAAAGUUAGUCUCGACGUUUACAUAUGAUGGCUUGUACCUUGUGGAGAGUUACUGGAAAGAGAGAGGCAAACAUGGUGAUGUUUUUAAGUUCAGGCUGAGAAGGAUACCUGGACAACCAGACAUUGGUCUGAAAGAAGUGAAGAAAUCAAAGAAAUUGAAAGAACGUGAAGGACUAUGUGUUAAAGACAUAUCCAAUGGGAAGGAGAUCAUCCCCAUUUGUGUUAUUAAUAAUAUUGAUAGUGACCAGCCACUGCCUUUCAAGUACAUCACCAAGGUCAUAGCUCCUUCAUGGUAUAUCCCGACCCCUCCAGUUGGCUGUGAAUGCACUAAUGGGUGCUUAGAUUCAGUUAACUGUGCUUGUGCGAUUAAGAAUGGAGGGGAAAUUCCUUAUAACUUCAGUGGUGCCAUUAUCCAAGCAAAGCCUCUUGUUUAUGAGUGCGGCCCCUCCUGCAAGUGUCCUCCAUCCUGCAGUAACAGGGUUAGUCAGCAUGGUAUCAAAAUACCUCUUGAGGUCUUCAAAACCAGAUCAAGAGGCUGGGGAGUGAGAUCCUUGUCUUCCAUACAAUCAGGUAGUUUCAUCUGUGAGUACAUUGGAGAGCUACUCCAGGAAUCAGAAGCUGAACAACGGUGCAACGAUGAGUAUCUUUUUGAUAUUGGCCAUAACUAUGAUGAUCAGGCUCUCUGGGAGGGCCUGCCAACUCUCAUUCCGGCCUUGCAGUCUAACCCUCUUGGUGAAGUCAAGGAAGAUUCUGGCUUUACUAUUGAUGCAGCUGACUGUGGAAAUGUUGGGCGAUUCAUCAAUCACAGCUGCUCUCCAAACCUCUAUGCCCAAAAUGUCCUCUAUGACCAUGAUGACAAGAGAAUUCCUCACAUAAUGUUUUUUGCUGCUGAUAAUAUCCCACCACUUCAAGAGUUGACAUAUCACUACAACUACACAAUCGAUCAGGUUCGUGAUUCUGAGGGUAACAUAAAACGAAAAGAUUGCUAUUGUGGCGCUCCUGAUUGCACUGGCAGACUUUACUAAGACUUGACUCUAGAUGUGAAUCAACUUCCGUACUUUGGGAUAUUGGAGAGCUUCUUAUGAUGAUGGCAUGUUGAUGUAUCUUUCCAAGAUGAGCCUGAAAGUGACCAACAUAUAUCUGUUACCUGGGUACUCUGGAGGUGUAGAUGUUUCGUUUUUCUGCUUAUCCAUUUGGAUCAGUAACUUUUGAUACAAUUACAAUGAAGUUUGUAAACUCAAGAGUUGCUUCUUACCUGCUCUGACUGUAUCAUCCUACUUCUGGUUUUGUUGUAGUCAAAUGGUUUUAAUAGAACAUCUAGCAAAGAAGAUUUGUUCACAUCUCAUGUCUAUUUAUUCAGUGUGGUUUGCUUUUGUUUAA